AUGUCCUCCGUUCCCAUCUCCGAGCUGCAGGACCCCAACAGCGCCUUCCGCCGCCAGAUGAGAGAGAACAAGAAGAAGCUCCAGCACCAGAUCGAUCUCAGGAGGAAUGACCCGUCCCGCCAAGCCCCUCUCCCUCAGCGCAUCAGCUGCCUCGUCAUGGACGUCAUCGACGACCAGGAGCAGAACAUUGCCGAGGAGCGGCUGCGCACCGUUGCGUACGGUCCAUGCGGCAAGGGCUUUGUGAUUAUUGACAACGCCCGUUUCCACCGCGACAUUGAGGAAGAUAUCUACGAAACCCCUCGCGAGGAGCCGCGCAACCUGAUCUUGAACGCGACAAGCAGAACUCUCGCCAUCACCCGCACGAGUCUCCCCAACGGUCGAGCGCUCUACGAGGACCCGGACGGUGUCUUCCGCCGCGGUAACCGCGCGGGACUCUCCAAGAUCGCGUCGCAGUCCAAGCCUGUGGCGUCAACCAUGGGCCUCAAGGAAAAGCUCCAUGCCCUUCUCGAUUCGUCGCCGCGCAUUGGCGAGCCCGGAGCGGGCCUCUGUGGCGUGGCUAAGUGGGGAGUUGGAGGUGGUUGGAAAACGUUCACCUCGACCAUGUCGGAUUGGAACUUCAAAGCAACUGGUAACAAGAUCAAGGGCGGAGCGGAAUGCAGACACCCUUCCGACAACUUCCGCGCGGGACAACCCAACAAGCUCAAGCUCCUUGUCAAUCGGCGCGACAAGUCAGGCGGUGCGAAGAAGUCCGCCCCUAAGAAGGUGGUGGGAGGCGCGUCCAGUGAUGAGGAGGAGGUGAUGGAAAGCGAUGAGGACACCACCUCCAUGACCGAUGACAUUGGCCCCUCCAAGCGACCUCGCACCUAUGGUUCGCACUCGUCCGGCGAGCCCGCGCCCAAGAAGAAAGCCCGUACCCGCAAGGGCAAGGAGACUGGCAACUCGGACUCAGACUCGGACUUCCAGAUGCUUUGA